CUUCCUGGAGUCGGAACCUGAGGCUUCGCGGGGGCGCGGGCGUACGUACGGACUUACCUAGCAGACAAGGCACCGGGGCGCGCGACCCCUGACGAGGAGUGUUGUCACGUGACACAGGGGCGUGCUUUUCUUGCCUAGCGCGCUCCUGUGCGCGUCCCCAGGGGGCGGCUGUCGGGCGUACGUGCCAGCUGGGUCCUCAGACCAGGGCCCGGACUAGCCGGUGGUUGCCGGGGCCACGAGGCCAGAGAACGAGGAGGGCGGGGUCGGCUGUGGGACCGCGACGACGACACACCGUGCGAGCGCCUGGGCCUGAGGGGAGCGAUGCUGUGGUUCCAGGGCGCCAUCCCGGCGGCCAUCGCGUCUGCUAAGAGGAGCGGCGCGGUCUUCGUGGUGUUCGUGGCAGGAGAUGAUGAGCAAUCUACACAGAUGGCAGCAAGUUGGGAAGAUGAGAAAGUGACAGAAGCAUCAUCAAACAACUUUGUUGCUAUUAAAAUUGAUACUAAGAGUGAAGCCUGUCUGCAGUUUUCACAAAUUUAUCCUGUAGUAUGCGUUCCAUCCAGUUUCUUUAUAGGAGACAGUGGCAUUCCUUUGGAAGUAAUAGCAGGGAGUGUUUCUGCAGAUGAACUUGUUACAAGGAUUCACAAAGUCCAACAGAUGCACUCAUCAAAAGGUGAAACAUCAGUGACAACAAAUGACAACCAGUCAGAAAGUUCAGUAUCUACCCCAUCUGCCUCAUUUGAACCUGACAUAUGUGAAAAUGCUGAGUCCAGAAAUACAGAGCUUUGUGAGACACCAGCUACUUCUGACACAAAGUCAGAUACUGCAACAGGUGGAGAAAAUGCAAGUCAUGACAGCCUCUCUCAGGAGCCUCAUAGAUGUUCAAACCAGAGACCAGCAGAGGACCUCACCGUCAGAGUGGAAAGCAGACUAACAAAAAAACUUGAAGAAAGGAGAGAAGAGAAGAGGAAGGAAGAAGCACAGAGAGAGAUUAAGAAGGAAAUUGAAAGGAGAAAAACUGGCAAGGAAAUGUUGGAUUAUAAAAGAAAACAAGAAGAAGAAUUAACAAAAAGAAUGUUAGAAGAAAGAAGCAGAGAAAAGGCAGAAGAUAGAGCAGCUCGAGAGCGCAUCAAGCAGCAGAUUGCACUGGAUCGUGCAGAAAGAGCUGCUCGUUUUGCAAAGACAAAGGAAGCAGAGGCUGCUAAAGCUGCUGCCUUGCUGGCCAAACAGGCAGAAGCGGAAGUCAAGAGGGAGUCUUCUACACGAGACAGAAGCACCAUUGCAAGAAUUCAGUUCCGGCUGCCUGAUGGUUCUUCGUUUACAAACCAGUUUCCUUCUGAUGCUCCUUUAGAAGAAGCAAGGCAGUUUGCUGCACAGACUGUUGGCAACACCUAUGGUAAUUUUUCACUAGCAACCAUGUUCCCCAGAAGAGAGUUCACCAGAGAAGACUACAAGAGGAAGCUGCUGGAUCUGGAGCUCGCCCCCAGUGCCUCUGUGGUGCUGCUGCCAGCAGGACGGCCAGCCACAUCCAUUGUCCACCCUUCUAGUGGAGACAUUUGGACAUUACUGGGGACGGUGCUUUAUCCAUUCUUGGCCAUAUGGAGACUAAUAAGCAAUUUUUUAUUUAGUAGUCCCCCUCCUGCACAGACUUCAGCAAGAGCCGCAUCCACAGAGCCUUCAAACUCUGCAUCAUCCAGCAAGUCAGAGAAAAGGGAGCCAGUCCGAAAAAGAGUGCUGGAAAAGCGAGGGGAAGACUUUAAAAAGGAAGGGAAGGUAUACAGACUGAGGACUCAGGAUGACGGCGGCGAAGACGAGAACAACACCUGGAAUGGGAACUCCACGCAGCAGAUGUAGUGCAGCCAGCAGUGCACAGUCACCACCGUUUCCUUAGGAUCCCACUCAGCUAGCCUGCUGCUGCUGCUGCUGCUGGAGAAGUGGGUCUGCUUUAUGUUUUCAAACCGUGUAUAGUCUUUAUUUCUGCUAAGAGUUUUUCAGUUAAGUUGUUUAACCUGAAAAAGUCAAAACAUGAAAUAGCUGGAUGCUAGGCCCUUGUGUAGGGUAACCAGCUGCUCAGCCUAAAAAAAUCCCACGGCUGCCUGCCACCACCAGUUCCUGUUCAGACUUCACAGCCCUCUAGCCCAGUGUUUCAUUUAGGAUACUUUUUGCUGCAAGAUUCUCAAGUCACACACAAUAAUUGGUAUGUCACUAAGUAGUCUGAGCCCCGAGCACUUCAGCGAGCUAAUCAGGUGAUAACUGAUGUUUAGCGUUUCUCUUUGCACUCAUCAGCCUCAAAAACAAAUCUUGUAGUUUUUGAUCUUACUUAAAUAUCAAAUAAAAAAAGUUUUCAAAAAACCAGAAUGAUCUUAUUUUUGCUGUAAGCAUCUUUUUGUUGUACAGGGCUGUAUGGAGGCCACUUUUGUCUGACUUUUUCCUUCCAGUGCUGCCCUGAAGAUGUCAGUAAAAUAACUGGCUACCUUUCUUUUGAAAAGUAAAAUGUAGAGAUUCUUUGUCCUAGGUUACUGAUGCGUAUGUUUUAUAAUCUGUUCUCAUCGAUGCCAGACAGAUGAGAAUGGCCAGUCUGCAGCGUAGAUGGCUCACUCAUACUUGUACUGAAGUUUCACAUUCAGCAGUUGCACUUGCCGGACCAAAGUCCAGUGGUGUAGGGCUAGGGUAGAGAGCAAAGACACUCCUGUUAUUCCGAAGUUUGGAAGACAGUCUCAGACUUACUGUUUGAAACAUGGGGUAUGUCUUGCUGUUAUUAGAAUGGAGAGUCGUCCCGACUGUGUGAUACACAUAGAUACAGCUGGUAGUGCUGGCUGGGAGCAGUGUGGCAGCUCGAGCUGGGCCAGCAGAACCUUUCUGAAACCGUGCCCAGGAACUUUAAGUGUUUCAUAUUUUGACACAAUAGCUUUUUCUAAGUAGUGAUCCUCACUGCAGAAAUUUAGCUAUGAAUAGACCUAAUAUUAGUUAACUAACUGGAAACAACUAAAUGCCUUCUGUGGACAUGGUUUCUGUUGAGAAAUGGUACAUACUAAUCCAGCACUUGCAUGUUUACUGAAUGCCUGCUAUGUUGGUGGAAAGAAGGCAGGACGCAUAGUUGUAGGCACAGGAUGAAUUCAGCUUUGUAAAUAAAUAGUGUGAGUAGAGGACAGUGUGUUAAUGUGUAUGUAAAGGGAAGAACACAUUAAUGAUUGUGUGUCCUUGGAGUUCUCUUACAGUCUUAAAUUCUUGCAGUCUUCUGCAUUGAUCACAUUAGUUAUACUUUAAAGAGAAGUUUUUGUCAGGCAUGGUGGCUCACACUUAAAAUCACAGCACUUGGGAAUCAGAUGCAGGUGGAUCUGUGAGUUUAAGGGCCAGCCUGGUCUACAUAGCAAGUUCAGGCGAGCCAGGGCUAGCUACAAGGUAAAAAACAACAUCAAAUGUGAGUUUUUAAGAACUUUCUAGUAACAUCUCAUUUAAGAUCCAGUCAUCUUCUAAAAACAAGCUGGGGUUGGCAUCUCAUUCCUAUAUCCAAGUACUUGGGAGGUGGAGGCAGGAGGAUCAAAAGGUCAAGAUUAUCCUCAGGUACACGUUCAAGCCCAGCCUCGGCUGAAUGAGAUCUGUCUCUACAAUAACAAGGCAAUACAUGAUUUUUAAAAAAUACUUGUCAAGUGGGUAUGAAUCCUGGAAAAAUGUUAAGUACCUCAAGUCAACUUGUCUUGAAGAAAAUCAAAUACAACUCUUAAAAUGUCCAUAAUUCAUGUGUGAAUAAGAGGAUUCCUCUUCAAUAUUUCUUUUAAAAAGUACACCUGGUUGAAAAAGCUCCAAAAUAUAAGAAAAUGGUGUCUCUGUCCUUGCAUCUUACCCCACUACCAUUACCCAGAGGUAACCUCUAAUAAUUUCUAAUGUAAUUUUCAGGAAAAUUUUAUGCAUAUAAGCAAAUAUGUAAUCUUUAUUUUUAAAUAAAUGGGAUCAUAUUGUAUGUACCA